GUUGAACCCAGGGGGGGUUUCUGUAUCACUGAUGGAGCUGUUAGCAGUAAGUGGUUACACCAUUACAGGAAGUAGAGCUAGAAGGUAUGGUAAAUUAAAUGCGAGCAGGGUUUAUAAGAGACGAGGUGGCUCACCGAGUGAUGGGUUAAAAAAAAAAAUUUCAGAGAGCUAUUUGUGGCCUGCCGCUUCGCACACCAGCUACAGACAGAGAACAGCAUGGAGACGCUUCUCUUUCUAUUUCCUCAAUUCAACUACAUGGCCCCGAAGGAGGAAGCGUAUUUCAAAAUGUUUGGUCCAGAAGACUUGCAGGCACCAAAGAUGAAGGACGAUACUAGCAGGUUGAAAGACAAGGAGAGGAAGAGCCGACUAAGCCUUUUUCUCACCAAGUCAGGCUCCCAUGAAAACGUCAGUCCCCAUAAAAAGACAAAUACGACAUCCAGCAACAUCUCACCAGAGGCAGCUUUGCAAUGGAGCGACUCCUUUGAAGAACUGCUGAAGCACUCAGAUGGGGUGGAAAGCUUCUCUCAGUUCCUCAGGACAGAGUUCAGUGAGGAAAACAUUGAGUUCUGGUUGGCCUGUGAAGAAUACAAGACCAUUGAUUCAGAGACGAAGCUGCUGUCCAAAGCCAAAUACAUUUAUACGAUUUACAUUGAAUCGGAGGCCCCUAAAGAGGUCAACAUUGACUACAACACCAAGACAGCCAUUCAGAAGGUCAUAGUGCAGCCCACAAAGAGCUGUUUUGAAGCAGCCCAGAUGAAAGUCUACAGCCUGAUGAAAAAGGACUCCUAUCCCAGGUUCCUCCACUCUGACAUUUAUCUGCGUCUCACCAGGAGGAAAGGCCCGGGGUCCACCAUGUUUCGCAGAAGGUCACGCUCCUGCGUGUUCAACGACCGGGGCGAGGCCACGUCCGAACCGUCGGCCUGGUAGUGGUGACACUGCAGUAGUCGCUCACUCUGUGAAGCGGAUUAUUAUAUAGGAGGUAAUCCGUGAUUAGCAGCACAAUUGUUGAACCGUAAUGUGCGGUGCGGAGGCUUAUCAUCCACAGGUUUUGCUUCUGCAGUGUUAUUUUUUUCAGUGGAUUAUCUCACUUACGUAAUACCAUGGCAGCUUGCCAACGAUUAUUAAUUUAAAGGAAUAGUUCUACAUUUUGGGAAAUACGCUUAUUUGCUUCCUUGCCGAGAGUUAGAUGAGACGAUUGACAGCCUUCUCCCGCCGUACAGACACAUCAAACCUCUCAUCUUCUUCUCAUCUCAGCAAGAAUGUGCGUAUUUCCCAAAAAGGCCGAGCUAUAAAGUACUAUACUACACAGCUGGAUACCAGCUGACACCAUUAGCCUGUCGGCCACAAGAAUAAGUUUAGAAAUGUUAUGAGGCCACAACGUCAGAGCCAUGUGGUUAUCUGAACAUAAUGGACACCCUCUGGCCAAUCAGAACUGAGUAUUCUCCGGGGCCACGCAGUAUAAAACCAGAGUAUUCACUCUGCACUUGCAGAACAAUCUAUUCAUCCUCUUUCCCGGAGGCACUGCGCUGCUUGUGAAUUGAACCUUUAUUGAUGAUUUUUAUUUCCUCAAAUCUUGCAAAACUUGAAUGACAGCGGGAUGGUUUAGAGACAGAAGCUCAGCUGAAGUGCCUCCGUAUGCUACUGACAGCAUCCAGCCAGCCGUACACUUCAGACACAUUACAUUCCAACUGCUUUGUCUACUAAUCCAGUAGUAGCACCUUAUGCAACCUUAACGCAGUUGAUAAAAGUUAAUUUGACCGUAACUCAUUAAAACGGGUUCAUGAUUUUAUCCCUCGCGCUGUCCGACCCCCUUCGAGGCUAACUCGCAGUGAAAGCCUGCAGCCACGUUGGCUGCAACUCACUGUAACUUUUUAAUGAGGGAUGUAUAGCUCUCAUCUAUGAAUCCAAACAUGUCCUGUUUUCACACACAUGGAAGAUGCAUAUAUCUCAUUUGAAUACUAACAUUAUAUUAAUUAUGAUUGCUUUUUUUGCUACCAUCUAAUAUAAUUUAUGCUCGUAUGUGUUGCCUCGCUGUUGUAAAGUGUACAUACUAAACUGAAAUAAACACUUUGUUAUAAAGCCGUUUUAA